UAGUAGCGGGGGCGGCGGCCGGGGGCAGCGCGGCUCCUUCCCUUGUUGUGUGUGUCGGUGCCUCCUCGCCAUCUUGUUGCAAAGCCUUUUCUUGUCGGCGGGACUCCUGGGGGCCGCGGGGCGGGAGGCAAUAGAAGGAAGGAAGAGAGGGAGGGGAAGGAAAAAGACAGUGGCGCCUUUUUUUUUUGCAUCAAAUUAUUUUAAUUUGCAAAUUAUAUUUUGCAAAUAUUUUGGGAGACAUUGAUUUUUCUCCCUGUGCUCCCCCGUUCUUGCCUGCGGAGUGCGCUGCGCCGCCCAACCCUGUCGCCCUCCGGAGGUGAUCCCUCCCUCCUGCCUGCCCGCCAGCCUGUCCUGUGCCUGGCUCGCGGGCCGCAGUCUCGGCCCCGGCGCGCCCCCGGCAGCUCUCGGCGCGAUGAGCAUAGAGACGCUACUGGAGGCGGCCCGCUUCCUGGAAUGGCAAGCGCAGCAACAACAGAGAGCACGUGAGGAGCAGGAGCGGCUUCGCUUGGAGCGGGAGCAGGAGCAGAAGAAGGCCAGCAGCCUGGCCAGGCUGGCCCAUGCUUUGCCUGUGGAGGAACCCCGCAUCGAGGCACCACCCCUGCCUCUGUCGCCACCAGCACCCCCACCAGCACCUCCACCACCACUUGCCACCCCCACCCCACUGACUGUCAUUCCUAUUCCAGUAGUGACCAACUCCCCUCAGCCUCUGCCCCCACCCCCACCACUGCCCCCUACAGCCCAGCCUCUGCCCUUGGCACCUCGCCAGCCAGCCCUGGUUAGCACCCCUGGACUUAGCAUUAAGGAUUCUGUUCCCCUGCCCACCAGGCCCCAGGUGCCCACCCCUGCACCCCUGCUGCCAGACUCCAAGCCCACCGGCAGCCCCAAGCCUUUGCAGCCCCUCCCCACACCCAUCCUGACCAUAGCACCACAUCCUGGAGUCCAACCCCAGCUGGCCCCCCAGCAGCCACCCCCACCCACUCUUGGGACCCUGAAGUUGGCACCAGCUGAAGAAGUCAAAUCCAGCGAACAGAAGAAGAGGCCUGGGGGGAUCGGAACCAGAGAAGUCCACAACAAAUUGGAGAAGAACAGGAGGGCCCAUCUGAAGGAAUGCUUUGAGACCCUGAAGCGCAAUAUCCCCAACGUGGACGACAAGAAGACAUCGAAUCUGAGCGUGCUGCGGACGGCACUGCGGUACAUCCAGUCCCUGAAGAGGAAGGAGAAGGAAUAUGAGCAUGAGAUGGAGCGGCUGGCGCGGGAGAAGAUUGCCACGCAGCAGAGGUUGGCAGAGCUCAAACACGAGCUGAGCCAGUGGAUGGACGUGCUGGAGAUUGACCGUGUGCUCCGACAGACAGGCCAGCCUGAGGACGACCAGGCUUCCACCUCGACUGCCUCUGAGGGUGAGGACAACAUAGACGAGGAUAUGGAGGAGGACCAGGCCGGCCUGAACCUACCUAAGCUGAGCCAUCGCCCCCACCCGGAGCUGCCGAAGCCACUGCCCAGCACCGCCCCUGCACCUCUGCCUCCCCACCCACACCCCCACUCCCAGCCUGUGGCUCUUUCUCCUGCCCACCUUCCUGGGCAGCAGCCGCCGCCACAGCAGAAGACACCUCUGCCAGCCCCACCUCCCCCACCAGCUGCCCCUGCCCAGACGCUGGUGCCAGCUCCGGCCCAUUUGGUGGCUGCAUCUGGGGGAGGCUCUACAGUCAUUGCCCACACGGCCACCACCCACGCCUCAGUCAUCCAGACUGUGAACCACGUUCUCCAGGGGCCAGGCGGCAAGCAUAUCGCUCACAUUGCCCCCUCAGCUCCCAGCCCUGCUGUGCAGCUGGCACCUGCCACACCCCCCAUUGGCCACAUCACAGUACACCCUGCUACCCUUAACCACGUGGCCCACCUUGGCUCCCAGCUUCCCUUGUACCCGCAGCCCGUGGCAGUGAGCCAGCCCGUGGCGGUGAGCCACAUUGCCCACACCCUCUCGCACCAGCAAGUGAAUGGCACAGCUGGGCUGGGGCCCCCCGCCACCGUCAUGGCAAAGCCAGCUGUGGGGGCUCAGGUGGUGCACCACCCCCAGCUGGUGGGCCAGACAGUGCUCAACCCUGUGACCAUGGUCACCAUGCCCUCCUUCCCGGUCAGCACACUCAAGCUGGCUUGAGGAUGAGGCCACUCAGAGGCCCCCAGUAGGGGCAAGGAGGGGGACCUAUCCCCACACUCUCCCACCAGCUCCACACAUUCCAGCCAGGCCCAGGCCCACCCCACCCACACCCACCCCCAGGCCUCCUAGGGGAAGGGGGUGCAGAGACUCUGAGCCAGGGGAGGGAGAGGCCGCCCCAGGGAGCUGGGCACAGGGCAGGGGGUUAGCCCACUGCACUAGGACUUGAUAAAGUGAUGAGAGACGCUCUGGUGGACAUGCUGCCUAUUUGGCCUGGUGCUGUUCCUGCCUCCCCAUCCAGUCCCCUGAAACCAGUUCGAUGUGACGUCGUGUUCUCCAACUUCUCCCUCCACGCCGCCUUCCUGUGCUGCUGCUGCUGCUAUUGCUCUGUCUGGUGAUGUGGCUGAGCGUUUAGACCCUCCCCUCCCAAGCCUCAGCCUUCUCUUCCCAGGCCUUUGGAGGGGAAAAGGGGGGGAGCUGAACUGAAGCAACUUGGCCCAAAAAGUUGGGGACCACUCUGGGCCCUGCUCUAAGUACAGGUGACAAGUCCUAGGAAGUGGCUGGUCUGAAGUCCUACCCAGACAGGUGGGUGCCCCAGCCUGGGCCUCUCCAACCAAGUUGCAGUCACUGUGAUUCCUUACAGCAGAAACUAGUUAAGAUGAUUUUCUACCAACGGUAAACCAAACCCAAGCUGUUGCCAAGCUUCUGAGCCUUUCAACCCUUACUGGGCUCCUGACCUCAAGAGGGCAGGCUGAGGGUGGGGCGGGAAAGGAGGGACUUGGCUGUCUCCAUCAUCCCCUCCACCCCCUGGCCUAGGUCUGGACUGGGCUUCUCUGGACCCCCAUUCCCAUCCCUGGGUGUGGCUUUUGGCUCCUAGAGGCACUCUCCUGACUCCCCUGAGGGAUGGGUGCAUGGAGUGCCUCCUGGGAGACAGACCAGCAUCUGGUCUGGGUUCUAGGAGCCUGAAGCCACAAUGUUGAGGCAAAGGGGAAGUUAAAAUCCAGGGGUUCCACUAGUACCCCCAAUCCUUUCCCAAAUAUGCCCUGGGGACUUGUAGGGAGGGGGCAGGACCAGGCUAUUGCAGGGCUGCUGCUGCUGCCCUAACUUCUCUGUCUCUGGCAUCGUCUUUACCCCGAAUGUCCCCCUUUCUCCAGCAGGCUUUAUUGAGUGUACCCUCCUCCCACCAGGAACGGGUUUUCAGUUGGGCCAAAGGCAGGGCUGAGCUUGGGGGUGGGGAGGAGUCAGGGGAGCUGGCAUAUAGGGGAUGCUGCCUUCCCUGCCCUCGCCUUGGCAGACUUUGGCUUCUCUUUUUAUGUGGGUAUUUAUUACAUGUGGCCUUGUGUCAGACAAAACAGUUACACACAUGUGCACACUUGGCUCCCCACCUGGACACACUCACCAAAGGCCUUUCAGUGUCGGGGAGGAAGAGUGUGUCCCUAGGUGUGAAGUUUGCACUGACAGGCUUGGGGGUAGGGUGAAUGUUGGGGUUCAGGAUCCUCUGGAGUGGCCCCAGCAGAGGUCUUGAAUGGAUGUAUAUGCCUAAGAACUCCCCUUCAGUUCCUUCCUGAUCCUGGAGACCUCCCAGGGGAAGGGGGAGACCUUCUCAUGUGUCUCUGGGGGGGGAGGCCUAUCAGAUGCCUUAGAGGCCUCCGGGAGGGAGCCCCAUACUGCCCCCCCAACCCCACGCAGCACUUCCACCUCACAAGCUUGCUGCCUUCCUGCUCCUGCAGCCGCUACCAUCACCCUAGUUCCCUGGGGAGCCAGCUUCACUCCUCCCAGUUGAUUACAAUGGAAAGUACGGGGAGGAGGGCAGGCCUGGCGCCCAGGGAGCUGUCCGAGGAACACGGGUGAGCCGCCUCUCCGCUCCUUCAUCUCCCUGCAUCCUGAGGCUGGUCCAGAGUUAAAGCUUGUGUCAGCCAGUUGUCCCUCGGGCCUGCACAGAUACCUCAUCCGCCAGCUGCCCGUGCCCAUCCCUGUCCCCAGCAGUGGGGGCUCUGAAUCUAGUGCCGAAUGACUAUGUCCAGACUGGUGACAAUGGGUGUUGUUGCUGUUGUUUUUGUUGUUUGUGAAUGCUGUGACGCUGUGUGCCCCCAAGAGGGCAGACGCCACCCAGCCCUUUGGGCAUCUCCCUUCUGAGAGCUAUCAGGACCACAUCUGUCCUCACCCUGUGGGACCACCUGCCCCUCCCCUCCCCUCCCUAGCCCUUCCAGCCUGGGGGACGCGCGCGCACACACAUCUUACCUCUCAUGCGUGUUUUACUUUUUGAUGUUCAGAGUGGCUCACUGGCUGGGAAUCUUUACCUCGGGGAGAGGGGGAGAUUGGUUCCUUGGAGGGGGCCAAAGAAGGGCAGGGAAUGCCUGGAGGGAAACGGGGGUGGGGGGUUACCAGAACCCCUACUCUCUCCGGGAACAGCUGCUUCUCCCCCAUCCCAGGGUCCCAACCCCAUCCCCCAAAGAGGUGGCCCUUGUUUACAGUGAGGACUCGGUCACUGUGUCUCCGUUUCCUGAAAUAUAAAUUGUAGUGACCCCAGACUGUAGAGAUUUUUAUGUGUUUGGAUACAUCUGCUGUGUGGGAAAAAAAAACUACAAAAACCCUACUUUUGUAUAUAUUGUAUUUUUACUAUUGAACUGUAUUCUAGUGGCUGUUCAUGCUCCAAGACUUUAGGUAUUGAGACAUGAAUACUAUCCAUGUAAUAAGCACUUGCCUGGAAUAAAAUAUAAAAUUGAAAUAAACCUGCACUGAAACCUGAGAUG